GCGGCCUGUAUGGAAGCGGAACUUGCGGAAAGGGUUGGCGAGACACAGGCGAGUGUCAGGCUCAGGGAGAAGUAACAGACGAUUUUGGAAAGUUUUAGUGUCUGUAAAUACACGAAACGGCAAAAGUCAUUUGCUCAGCUUCCCAGGACUGCUGUGGUCGCUCAAGGAACCGGACAUGUUCCGCUUGCGGCUGUUGUCAGCGGCUACCGUGGGGCUGGCGCAGUUGUCAAGGCGAUACCAUGGCAAUGCCGCGAGGGGAGCCGGCCGAAGGAGACUCAUGCUAGCAGCUCUGGUGGGCGUGACCGGAGCUUCGGCCAGUGCGGGGUUGCUGUGGACAAGGGCGAAUGCAGAGGCGGGGUCAUCAGUGAGACACGAGGAUCGGCCGGACCCUGACCAGGCGGGGCCCGCGAAGGAGGCGGAGUCAGAGGUGGAAUCAGAGGGCUCUGUGGAGCCCAGCAGCGGCGAAGAGGAGGAGGAGGCAGGCGCUGAAGGGAAAAAAAAGAAACCGCGAUCCGGUUUCCGUGACCGCAAGGUGAUGGAGUAUGAGAACAGGAUCCGAGCGUACUCCACCCCAGACAAGAUCUUCCGUUACUUUGCCACUCUGAAGAUCAUAAAUGAGCACGGCGAUCCUGAGGUGUACAUGACACCGCAGGACUUUGUGCGCUCCAUCACCCCCAACGAGAAGCAGCCCGAGAAUUUGGGUCUGGAUCAGUUCCUGGUGAAGCGGUAUGAUGGAAAGGACUUCUGGCAGACCGAGAAAAUUGCACAGGAACGGGAAAAGUUUGCAGACGAAGAUAGCAUCUUCUACAAGCUGGGCGAGUGUGGACUCAUCUCCUUCUCCGACUACAUCUUCCUCACCACCGUCCUCUCCACUCCCCAAAGGAACUUUGAAAUUGCCUUCAAGAUGUUUGAUCUGAACGGAGAUGGAGAAGUGGACAUGGAAGAGUUUGAGCAGGUGCAGAGUAUAAUCCGCUCUCAGACCAGCAUGGGCAUGCGGCAUCGAGACCGCUCCACCACAGGGAACACGCUGAAGACGGGCGGCUGCAGCUCCGCCCUCACUACCUACUUCUUCGGUGCCGACCUGCGGGGGAAGCUGACCAUCGGCAGCUUCCUGGAGUUCCAGAGGAAACUACAGCACGACGUGCUCAAACUGGAGUUUGAGCGGAAUGACCCUGCGGAUGGGCGGAUCACGGAGAGGCAGUUCGGGGGAAUGCUGCUGGCAUACAGCGGGGUUCAGUCCCGCAAACUCAAAGUCAUGCAGAAAGGGCUGAAGAAGAUGUUUAAGGAUGGCCAGGGUAUUACCUUUGAAGAGGUGGAGAAUUUCUUCACCUUCCUGAAGAACGUGAAUGACGUGGACACAGCUCUUAGUUUUUACCACAUGGCAGGUGCAUCAAUUGACAAAGCAACCAUGAAGCAGGUGGCUCGCACGGUGGCCAAGGUGGAGCUGUCGGACCACGUGUGCGACGUCGUGUUCGCGCUCUUUGACUGUGAUGGUAAUGGGGAGCUCAGUAAUAAGGAGUUCAUUGCCAUCAUGAAGCAGCGCUUGAUGAGGGGGCUGGAGAAGCCCAAGGACAUGGGCUUCACCCGGCUGGUGCGCGCUAUGUGGAAGUGCGCCCAGGACACCGCCUGGGACUUUGCCAUGCCCAAGCAGCAGUAGGGUGUGGCGGGGGGAGCGAGAGAGGGGUGGGGUGAGAGGACUGUAGGUCGACAACCAAAGGAUAACUAAUCUCCACCACGCAGCAUCUUUGACAAAAAAAAAAAACAUUAAUGAAAUGAAACCAUUAAUACGGUCAUUUUGGUAAGAACAUUGGAUCAUGCAAGCGUAGCGUUGUGGCCAUCAAUCUCCCACACUAACUGGAGCACAAUGCUGUGGUACAGGCUGUCCCACAGUGCUUUCUGGAGCUCCUUCUGUACUAAAGGCAAUAUGGGAAAUGGGAAAUUGUAAUCAUAUAUAUUUUUGGGCUGAAGGGUGGGAGGGCUGGAUUGGUGGUGGUUGCUGAAUAUCCCAUGUGGUAACUUGUCCCGUGGAGGUAGCAAUCUGUAUGUGUCAGGAUCAUUGUCAAUAUCAAUAUGCACUCUGAAAUUUACCCAGAAUUCUUCACAUUGUUAUUUUACAGGAAUGUGUGUCAUUGAAACUGAAUGCGUUUGUAAAAAGGCUCUAUUAAAUUGCUUUUUUCAAGACUGUGCAGCAGGGAUUGUGCAUGUGUACUCAGUCCGCCCACUUGUAUGUUGCACCUUUUGGUGCCGAAUUGUCUUCUCUUGUUUGAGUUGAGCCUUGUUUGUGAAUUCACUUAUUAAAUUCCAUACGUCUU